CGGCCGCGCCGACCACCGCGUCUACCGUUAUCGCGUGCGCGAUAAUAUCCGCAUAUUUUCGAAGAUUUGUGGCCGGCGCGCGGAUAGACGUACGAUCGCCACCGAUCGACGAAGGAGAGAGGAAUUUUCGGCUCGCUCGAUUAAAUCGCGAAUGAGGUCGGUGCACCAACGAGUGGCAUGCGAAAUAACGUAAAAAAAAGGCUCGCUGCGUACGAAAGUGUGAUAUAUCCACCUUUGAUUAAUUAUAAUCAAUUUUUAUUUAAUCGAAGCAAUUAAUUCACCACAAGUAAACGCUUUCCUUGGUUUUAAUAAAUUACAUUUAUAAUUUUACGUGAUGCCGAAAAUGUAAAAAUGUGACCAAAUAUAAUAUCUCCUGAAAGAAGUUCAAUUACGUAACAAUAUCCUUCGGUUCGGUCAUUCACUGGUAUACUUCAAUCGUGAAAUCGUAAUAACUUUGUCAUUGGAUUAUAAAGAGGGAAUAAAGCACACACACACACAUACACGCACAUAUUUCACGUUCCGCAAUGGUACUCGAGAUCAUAAACGUGGGCACAGAUGAGCGCGGCGAUGCACAGCGGCAUACUUAGGAUCCCCUUCCUGUCGAAACGCUGGGAGAUAGAGGCCUCUGAAAGAAUAAAGAAGAAGAGCGGCAAGAAAAGAAACUGGCGGCUGGCAGGGAAGCUAUGUGCGCAAUUUAACGGGGAUUACGACCUUAGCCACUUAAGAAGUCGCGGUAGUAAUCGGCGGUCUUCGAACGGGCCCCCUCAAGAGCCGGGCCUCGAGCGGGCCUCGCUCGCGCCUUGGACGGGCCCCUUAAGCGGGUCUUAAUCGAACCACGAGCUAGAGGCGGCCAGCCUGGCGUACCUGAUCCGCCUGAGCCAGUCCCGACGUAGAGCGCGGACGACUAAGGCUAAUCCUGAGACUAGAACCGGCUGGGAUCGCGUCGCGGACUCCGUCUCCGGCUCGGCGCAAUCGGAUCGGAGAUAUCGAGAAGGAAGGCAUCGUCCCGGAAACGAUAUGGGAAAGCCAUUGCACCUGAUUAUAAUAUUGCAACUAUCGUCCGCGUUCGCUUAUAGGUACGAUCCUUGGUAUGGUCGCGCGGAUACGCAGCGUCCGGUCGACGUGAUCACCGACGUCGUCAACGAGCUCGGGGUGAGGAUCCUUCAGCAAUAUUCGACGCGGGGAAACGUCGCGUUCUCACCCACGGGGGUCGCCUUCGUGCUGGCGGCGCUCUACGAAGGAUCCGCGGGUAGAGGAAGUCAACAAAUCGCCGAAGCCUUAGGCCUACCAGCCAACCGAGAUGUUACCAGGAUCGGUUUCAGGGACAUUCACCGACGAUUACGAAGCUACCUUAACGCCGAUGGCUUCCUGGGCGGGCUGACGCUAAGCAGAGAGAACACCAGACUCCGUCCCGAGUAUGAAGACAUUCUGAAGUUUUACGGCUUCGAUCUGUCGAGUAUUGGGCAAGAAGCGAACGUUACCGUUAGCAUGGGAGACUCGUCAGGUAUAACCGAACUUCCGACGUCCACAGUCGGCUUAACCACGCUCCCAGCAGGGAUGGUAGACACUGGGAAUGUGUCGGACAUGACAACGACGAUGUUAACGGGUGCUAUCACGACUCUUCCUCCGGCUGGUGCGGAAACAACAGUCGUUCCAUCGACCGCGGCAGACGUUACUCAGCAAACUGUCACGAUGGCACCAACGGGUGCAACCGAUGUACAAUCGACAUUGACUCCGGUCACCAGCGCCGGAACAGUUGUCCAAGACACGUCGCCGACGCAAUCGGCAAAUUUCUCAACGACAAUUACUUCCGGCGAAAGUGUCCAGCUGACUCCGUCCACUGGUACGGAAACUGACGCGGGUUCGCCGAAUACGAUUACGCCGAUGGUAAACACAGACAACCAAACGAUUCCUACUACAACAACCAUAGUCGAGGGCAAUCAGGGUCCGCAGACUUCCUCGACGGUUGCAGCCAACGAUACUGUAACAAGUGCUAGCGUUCCUAACGAGAGUGUUCAAGUAUCGACUAGCGCGAGUAUGGCAACUGCGACCGAUACUAACAUGAUGGGAUCGAUGAGUACUGAUGUUCAAGUACCUUUAACUUUCACUGCGAACACCGAGGUACCAACGACAACAAGUAUGUCGAGUUUGGAUGCGUCGAGUACUGACGCAUCGGCGGCUGCGAGCACAAUCGUCGUUAACAUGAUGCCCGCUAAUACGUCCGCACCCAACGCGACCUUGAGUACCGUUACUGUGAAUUCGUUAACUACUGUGGUACCAGCAAUCUUGGAUAGCGCAAACGUGACUAUCCCGAGUCCCGUUACCGAAACGAUGAUAGUGAACGGCGUUGUUUCACAAUCGAAUACCGAGACGUCGACAGACACUCCGGCCGGGAAUAAUCCAGGAAUGACCGCUGCGAAUGACCUCGCAACGACGACGAUGACCAAUAUUGACGGUGCGGUCAAUUCUGCGACGACCGUGGUAUCGCCUAUUCCGGGAACAAACGCGACGUCGGGCAAUCUUGCUGGGAAUAACUUCACAGUCGCGAAUUCUACGAUGAGUUCCGUGGAUAAUCGAACGGUCGCGUCUCUCGUGGAUGAAAAUACCAUUUCGAUGAAUCGAAAGAAGAAAGAUCUGACGGAUAUAAUUAACAACGAUACCGUUAAAGACGAGUCAACGGACGGAUCGCCGAAUCUUCAUAAACGCGAAGCAAGAAGCCCGCGUGGAUACUUUUCUAGCUACCCAGACGAAGGUAUCUGGAUGCAAGAUUUAGAGAUUUGGAAAUCGUAUAACACGGUAAAUCCGGGUGAGUCCUCCAUCGGAGAUUCAUCAGCAGAGAUGUCGUUUUUAGUGAACGGUUGCGACGUUUCCUCGGUAUCGGCUUCGAGAUACAUCGCUGUGUUGCCCUUCGCGUACUUCCCAUCGCUGCAGGCUGUCGCGCUCGAAUUUCCUUUAGACGAUCCCCGAUACAACAUUAUACUUUUCAUGCCCACGGAUAAAACGGACACGCACCGGCUGGCGAGGGAUCUCAGCGGAAAGUCAUUGAGAUUGUUGAGGAAGCGAUUACAGCCUACUUGGGUCAGGGCCACUAUACCUUCGUUCAUGCUGCGUGGUUUCGUCACACUGACGUCAUUUCUGCAAAGGCUGGGAAUCCUGGAUGUGUUCGAGCCGAGAGUGGCCGAUUUAUCGCCCAUGACAUCCGAUCUCGGUGUAUACGCCCGGGACGUGCAACAGAGUAUAGGAGUCAAUAUAAGGAAUUAUAUGAAACCCGACCGGACCCAUUCUCGUGAGUCGCCUAAUGUCGUUCCACCUCGAAGGGAUUAUUACCGAUAUCUACCGCCAGGCAAUGGUCUGUUCGAGAGAGCUGGACCCGAACCCUUUACAGCUUUACAUCCCUUCCUUUAUUUCAUCGUCGACACCGAGACUUCAGUGAGUCUAAUUGCCGGUCGAGUGGACGAUCCGCUUAAUUCGAGAAUAUUGUAGGGACAUAAUUUACGAUCGCUAAGA